CCCUUUCUUUUGGUUGGCUGUUGGCGUGGAGGGGCGUGUCCAUUCUCAUUUCGCUGCCCCCGACGUGUUCUUACACUGCCUGCUCUGUCCCCCUGCAUCCCGAGAAGACAUGCAGUGGGACCAGUGCCAGGCCCACAAGAGACACUUAAUUAAUGCCCAUAGAUCCAGAUCCGGGAAGGACCAUGAAGGCAGAAUGAUUAAUUAGAUUCAACUCCUUCAUUUUAAAGAUGAAGAAAGCUUCAGUUGGGAGCCGGGAAGGACCUUAGAACCCAAUUAGGAUCCACAUCAGGAAUUAACUGACUUGCAGAGGGACCCUCCCGCCCAGUGCUCAGCAGGACCUGUGGGUGAUGAUUUAUUCCACUGGCAGGCCACCAUCAUGGGCCCGAACGAUAGCCCUUACCAAGGUGGUGUUUUCUUCCUGACUAUUCACUUCCCUACAGAUUACCCUUUCAAACCGCCAAAGGUUGCUUUUACAACUAAAAUUUAUCACCCAAACAUCAACAGCAAUGGCAGUAUCUGUCUUGACAUCCUGAGAUCUCAGUGGUCUCCAGCAUUGACAGUAUCAAAAGUUCUGCUCUCCAUCUGUUCCCUGCUCUGUGACCCGAACCCUGAUGACCCUCUGGUUCCUGAGAUAGCCCACACCUACAAAGCAGACCGAGACAAGUACAACAGAUUGGCCAGAGAAUGGACCCAGAAAUAUGCCAUGUAAAUGCCAUGAAGAUCUGACUCGUAUUUACAAGUUAAGAAGUGAACCUCUCAGAUCAGUCUCUUAGCUAAAACUCUGGGUUGUCCGCUGUUUACUUGAUGUCAUGAGCCAUUCACAAGGAGUCUUCUACUCUGUGAACAGACUUUGGUUUCCCUCUCCCUUCUGUCUCAACGUGGCGGUACCACCUGCAGCCAUUUGGCUUCUGACAACUUCAUGCCUUUGAUGCCAAAUCAGUAGCCACUUUCAUUUGCUGAUUUUUAACCUGGUUCAAACUGGAAUCCACCUUCCACUCAGACUCCCUCAGUCUUCUCUUGGAAUGGCAGAAAUGCACACAUUCCUUCCUUCAGUCUUUCCUCAGGGUGGCAUAUGCUGUGCCCUUCAGGCUGCACAACAGGAGCUGAGUGGCUUCCUGAUGAACUGUCCUAAUAGAACCAAGUACUAGUUUGAUGUGCCCAAGAGAGCCAGGCAAGAUUUCCCCUAGUUUUCAGUUUACUGAAGAACUCUAUCCAAAGAGGAAUUCUGACCCCCAGAGACAUUGCAUGGAAUUGGGAACAGUUUUGCAGUGAAAUGAAUUAGCAGCUGGAUUUCCCAUUGCCUCCAAGUAAAGGAGGAGAUUGGGAUUGGCCAGUCUUCACACACAGUAGUAAUCAGUCUCCCUUUUUUAAAACUGAGAAGUGAGCAGGAGAUCCGAAGCAGCUGUUGAUACUGGCUAAGCACUUCAUCUCCUCUCUCACUAAUAGAAUGACUACUCCUUGUAGUUUCACAAGGAAAAAAAAAAUCAUGAGAUUUGGAAAGAUUUAGGAUUGUGUCAUUUUAAGGUCAUGGAAAAGGCUGAGGCCCUGCAAAAAAAAAAAGAGAGAGAAAAUGUCAGAGGAAAGAGAGUGUUUCAUUUGUCAGAUAAAAAAAGUUAAAAGUCUGGCACUUUGGGAGAGAGACUUCUUUUGUAAAUAAACCUGUAAUUUUCCCUUUGAAAUAAUUUUUGAAUUACUCAAAGGGGUAGCUUCACUUUUAUACUCAUUUCUGUUUUCAUUCAGAAGACAAGGUUUGGAAACUGUCUAGGUCCUUUAGAAACCUCAGCAGGAAUGGUUCAUUGGGCAUUUGGGCCCAACUAGCUUUCAGGUUUAAAAUUUUUAUUAGAGUUGGGAUAAAUGAAGAAGUACAGUAUUGGUUGCCUUUAUAGAGAUUUGUGACUAUUCUAGCAAGAAAAUGAGUAGAAUGGGGAUUUUUUUUAACCUUAGCUAAACCUUCUCAAAGAGAAGCAAUAUGUAUUAUUUCAAAACUAAAGAUAAUGAUUUAUUUGUCCCUCUUCUCUCCUGGUUCUCAGAGUUGCUUUGCACUCCUUGGGUUACUCCGCAAUAAAAUAAUAUUUGGGGGUGUGCAUGGGAGCUGAGUGACAGUGUAACUAUGCAACUAGCAAAUGAUCCAAUCAGGCAAUUGCAGAUUUAAAGAGAAGAUAAAGGAAAUGGAUUUGUUAAUCCCUGAACCUAAGGGCAGCUAAUGGCUUUUCUGAGAAUUGGCAUAGCCAUAGCCCAGAGACUCAGAAGUAGUAGUUAAAAUUUUGCCAAAAGAUUUCACAGAGAAAGCUGCUGAAGAUAAACUCCUUGAAGAAGGAAGAGCAGCUGGGAUGGGCUCCUUCUGCUGCUUCUUUGUUUGGGCAAGCCCCUGACCUAGUGUUCUCCUCCUAUUGCCAUCAAUUGGCUUUUUCUUGUCUUAGAUUUUCCAUGCCCCUGGAUUCUUUGCUAUUUGCCAGAAAUCACUCCUUUCCAGUCUUUUUUUUAAACUAACCAAUAAAUGAAAACUUUUAAACAUAUCAGGUAUUAAGAUUGUGCCAUACACCAUCAUUAUGGUGUUAGGAUAGAAAAAGUCGUUAUGAAGAACAGGGUGGCAAGAAUAACAUGGGGCUUGGAGCCUGUGGGCACUAACCAUUUGAUUAUGCUUCGUCUUAUAUCAGAGGAUCACAAAGCAUUUCCCAGAUAUAACUUGUGUGUCAUGCUGUGUAAGAGGGAGAAGAUGGGAUUGAUUCCCAUUUUGGUGAUGGGAAUACAGAGGCCCAGAGAGGGAAAGGUCUGGUCCAAAGCUACCCAACAUAAUGGGAGCCAAAUGGAACCAUAGAAUGUUAGAGAUAGGAGAAAUUGUUAAGAUCCAGUGUUCCAGUUUUACAAACAAGGAAAUUGAGGCCUAUAGAGCAGCUUGCUUGAAGUUAUAUAGUGUGAACUUAUCUAUCUAGUGACUACUAAAAACAUCUUUUUUUGUUUUGUUUUUAAUUUUUUUUUUUACCAGUUCAACCAAAUUUUUAAAAUGUCUUCCUUCUUCGCAGGAGGUCCCAUGGGUAGUAAAAGAAAUGAAAUCAGGUCUUUGUGCUUUUCUCUUCCUCCAAUAGCAACCUUUACUCAGUCUUUGCUGGUAGCUAUUGGCAAGCCUAUACUAGACUGUAUAUUCAGAAAGACCUGAGCUAGGGCUGCAGAGCACGCCAUCUUUACCCCAGCCUGCCCAGCUGGCUCUUUCACUAGUAAAGCCACUAGACCUGUCUUCUUUCAAGGGCAAAAGCCAUAGGAUAGAGAGUACAUGGGACCUGGGAAGUCAUCUAGUCCUUCCUGCUUCUUUUACAGGUGAGGAAAUCGGCAUGAAAAAAAGCACAUAAGAUCAGGCCUAGUUCCAUGGGGUGAAGUGGUUUAGUUUCCAAAUGAAUUGCGUCAAGUCCCACUGUGACUGCCAACUCCCUGCACUCAGGACCUCCUUCUAAAGGAAAAGACCCAAGUUUGCAAUGGAAUAGCCGGCUAUGCUGUUUGUUUUCUCCUUGUCCUGAAGGUGUGGGGGAUGGAGGAAUUUUAAUGCCCGAAGUCCAUGUAGACUGGCCAUCAUCUCCACUGUGUUCCUAGAGGACCUCGCCAUUUGGAAUUCUCAUUGCCAUAUGAGAGAUUUAUUGGGAUCCUUGGAUUCUACAGAAGGUGAAUUUGGAAAAUUGGUAAACAACCUUUUUUUGGGUGAGGACAGAGAAGAAAGAGGUGGCUUUUUGGAUCAGCCUGACCAGAGAGGCAUUUCACCAGGCUGCACUGCCCCCAAGGUCACCUUCUAAGCAAGCCACAGAACAGCUCGGUUCUAAGCUACCUCAUCAGACUUUCUUAGGGAUUUCCUUGAAAAGCCAGUGGAAGCCUUCUCAAAGUGGCACCUGGGCAGUUUCCAGGGCUCACUUGACAACCACUGGCAUAGAAGUCAUCCAGUUGCCAAUGGGAAUUUAGGAGGGGAGCUUGAAAUGACCCAGAUCUUCUCCAUUCUCCAGGCCUCUUUAUGAAUCCACUUGUUUAUGACUCGUUCUAGUUGUUUCAGUGUGUUUCCUCCCUAAUAGUGCUGGAGGGAAGGGGUGGAGCAGUAGCUGACUUAACAGGGAGUGCUUAACAGCUGUGCCCUCUGAAAAAAACUGGAAAUUGCAAGCCAGCCAGCCCUGGUAGCCAAGUACUACUGAGGUCCUAGGCUCCAGGUUGGUUGAAGACUCCUGUGGCCCAAGCUCAGACCCAAGGCAGAUUUUUCUUUUUUAGAAGGUGCUUUUUUCUCCCACAUCCAUGUCAGAAAUAGGACAAAUAGUGGAGUACCUGUUAAUCUUAUGCAUGGCAGUUUGCUAGCUUCAGUCCCAAGCAGGAAAGGUUUAUGAAAUAUCUAGCAAUCUGAAAAAUGAACACAUUUCUUAUAGCUUCUUCAAUUUCCUAAAAAAUGAAUGAGCCUCAAGAUUCCAAGGAUAUUCAGCUACUUGCUGCAAGGGCCUCAGACUCCUGAGAAGUUAGCUCACAGCUUCUAAGGGCAAGAAACUUAUGUUGGCAAAGACAGUGACAGGUUAAGACUCUACAGGGAAAAAAAAAAGACUCUACAGGAAAAAGGAAUAAAGUAUCUGUCCCUGGUGUUUAAAAAGAAAAGGAUGAAAAGAAUGACUAGCUCUGAGCUGCCAUGAAUGAGAUUGCCAGGACCCCAUUUGUUGAGUCAGCCACGUUAGAAACUACUUGGAUUCAUUCAGGCCUUUUUUUGAGCAUCUCAGUGCUUGCAAAGCACUGGCUGAUACUCCAGAGAAAGAGCUGGCCACCAAAGAGAGGCCAACCCUUGAAGAGUUUACAGUCUAGUUAGUUGGAAAUUCAGGGCUCACACCUAAAGCAGUCUAUAGGUAAAGUCCAAGAUGAAUGGCAAAGACCAGAAGUGUUGCUAGGGGGAGUUCAGUGUGAGAAAAGCCUUGUGGUGGAACUUGAGUUCAAAUUCAGUGGAGAGUUAGUUACCUGUAUAAGUGAAGAGCUAGAGGUAUGGCCCAGGCCAAAGCUUAGAGUGAGAAAUAAGCAAGAUUUGUUUAGGAGACAGUGAGGAAGCUGCUCUCGUGGGAACGGAUGAUUCCUACUGGGGAGUCGUGAGAGGUGGAGGUCUUUGGGUUUGCUGGGGAAAAGCCCAAUACAAGAGCCUUCAAGGUUCUAACCAUUAUUCCCUUGCCUUCUCUUGGCAUAGCUAAGGAAUAUAGUAAAACUCUGAUGUGUUACUGUAGGAAGAAAGGGAAAACAUUAGAAUCUGUUCACUUGUCCCAAAUGUGUCUGUCUGUCUCUGGACUAUGUAUCAAGGAGCAAUAACAAUCCUGUUCAGGGUGUUGUGAACUGCACCUUCUAGCCAUGGAUAUAGGAAUAAAUGGGGCAAAUCAACUCAGCUGGGGAAGUCUAGCACUAUUACAGGCUGGGCCAAAGUGUGCCAGCUGAAAGGUAACUGGUAUAGAUUGUGGAGGGCUAUGGAUUUUGAAUUUGCAUUUAAGAAAAACUCUGACAUGCUAAGAAGUAGUUGUCCUUAAAUGUCAGAAAUUUUUGGUACAUGGAUCAUGUUAAAGAACAUACCAAUAUCAGGUUGUUUACUCUGCAUUAAAAUGUAAAAUGUCAGAAUGUAAAAUAGGCUCACCACUGAACUCCUCAGUUUGCUGGAAUUACCACCCCUUUGUGAUUUUAUUUCCUUUGGUGUUUGUGAGUCACCAGCCCACUAUAUAUUUUCUUUAGAUCUCUUUGUAACUGAAGACUACUCCAGGGAAUUGGGGCAGAUGUGUGCUCAUUAUCUGGGCUCUGGGCAUCUAUAAGAAUCCCAUGAAACUGGAAAGUCAUAGGAAUGUGGAUCAUCUUUUCUUUGGGCUGCAGAAAGGAUUGGGCCACCAAGAAACAGUUUCCCCUUUUCUUGGGAGAGAUCUGACCCUUCUUGGAAGCCCAGAUGGACUUCUAAGGAAACUCAGUCUGCAGUCAUUUGAAGCUGUCUUUGGUCUGCCUGUGGCUGUUGCCCAGAAGAAAGCAAGCAAGCCUCCAGUGGAGUUAUACAGAACCAUGUUCAAACCCAAGAAAUCCUUGUCUUGUUCCUGGCGGUUUCCCUCUCUAGACUGGCUGGUGGGUUCCCCUUUUUUCUCCUCUCCACUGCCAUCCAGUGCUCGUUACUGUUCAGACCAUAAUAGCCACUUACUAUGAAGAGUUUGUGUCUUUUUUUUCCCCUCAAGAUUGUGAAGAAUUCAUUUACUGAACCAUACUUGCCAUUUUCCGAGCACCAUGUAGAGUGGACACAAUUCCUUUUUAAGAUAGGAAAAGCAGAGCCUGAAACGUCUCCAACCUCUGCAAUACUGUGGCCACAUGUUGGCUUGAGCAGGGAAACUUCAUCCUGGAAUUCUGCUGAAAUAUGAUUUUAUUGCUAACUGUGAACCUUCUGUUGAUGCAUAAGCUAAAUAAACAGUGGUCCUUUCUUACU